GGUGAUGUCUACAAGGGCGUGUCUCCCCGCGAUGGCACCACAGUGUGGGCUGUGAAGCGAGCCAAGCUGAUCGACGCGGACUUUGAGCGGGAGAUCUUGCAAAUGGCCGACAAAAGCCAUCCCAACAUUGUGCGGCUGCUUGGCUUUGCUGUUGGAGGGAACAUCAGGUCACGGAUAGAGCAAGUCUUGAUCUAUGAAUUUGUGCCCAACGGUGACCUCCACACGUGGACCGAUUCAAAGGCGAAUUCUUCUCUCGGUUUGAAGCAGCGGCUCGACAUUCUCAUUGGUAUUGCACGCGGCUUUAAGUACCUCCAUGGCUUCGGCCUUGUGCAUCGUGACAUCAAACCCGCCAACAUCCUCAUCACCAAUGACAUGCAGGCCAAAAUCGCAGAUUUCGGUCUUGUGAGGGCGGGAGAGGGCACCACAGUGGGCACUACCCGAGUCAUGGGGACACCGGGCUAUGUGGAUCCAGUUUACUCCAGGACGUCCAAGGCAACCACCGCCACCGAUGUCUACAGCUUUGGUGUGCUCAUGCUUGUGGUGCUCACUGGACGCCCUCCACUCUCCCAAGUUGCUUUGGAGAGCAUUCACAUCGUAACUUUUGCAUCCGAAUAUGAAGAAGAAGAAGUAGAAGAAGAAGAAGAAGAAGAAGAAGAAGAAGAAGAAGAAGAAGAAGAAGAAGAAGAAGAAGAAGAAGAAGAAGAAGAAGAAGAAGAAGAAGAAGAAGAAGAAGAAGAAGAAGAAGAAGAAGAAGAAGAAGAAGAAGAAGAAGAAGAAGAAGAAGAAGAAGAAGAAGAAGAAGAAGAAGAAGAAGAUGAAGAAGAAGAAGAAGAAGGUGAGGCCGAUGUGGGGAGUCGAAAUGAAAUCGUGGAGAGCUUGCUGUAGAUCUAGGAGGUUCUCCCCCU